AGGGAAAACCCCGUACUUCAUUGAGAAAGCUCAUUCAGUAUUUGAGGAGUCGAAGUGUCGUCGUUAAACCAAACGGAGAAAAAUCGGACUGUAGGAAUAAACAUCAGCUGAUCAGUGAACAGAGACUUCGUGCUGGUUUUCUUUGGAAUUAAACAACAGAGCUUUUUCGCAGUAGACCCAGCGAACGCACUGAACACCUGCAGGAAAGAACAGGCAGAGCUCAGCCAGAGCCCCUCUGGGAAGCACAGAGGCAAAGGCACUAUGGAUGGAUUUUACGACCAACAAGUCCCCCUUUUGGCCCCCUCAAGUGAUAAAUCCCAUAUGGAGAUGUGCUGCAGACCAAUCGGUGACAGAAAAAGGAAGUUUGUCGACAUUGAGCUUGCUCAGGACACCGAGGAGCUCUUCCAGGACCUGAGUCAGCUGCAGGAAGUAUGGAUUGCAGAAGCCCAGGUACCUGAGGAUGAACAGUUUGUCCCAGAUUUCCAGCUGGAUAACCUGGUGUUUCAUGGUCUCCCGUCCACCAAGAUCAAGAGAGAGCUGAGCCCCUCCGAUGACCUGCCCCCCUGUGGGCGGGACCAGACCCUCACACCCUUCGGAGAGACCUGCCUCUACAGUUACAGUGCCUAUGACACAAAGCCAGCCGUUGGGUUUCAGCCACUGACCCCGCCAUCCACACCCGUCUUGACCCCUGGCCCGUCCCACAUGACGGGCAGGCACCCGCUCGAUGACCAGACCCCUCCCACGGCUGUUUCUCAGCCAAUGGCGCUGCGCCCCCUCCACAGACAGCCCGAGGCUCUGCCCUCUGAGAACAGCCAGAGGGCCCACCCCCUGCACUGCCAGACCCCGCCCUUCGCAGUGCCCUGCCCCGCCCCCGGGCACCUGGCGGCGGCUUAUGGCCACGCUCACAGGUUCCACAGACAACUCUCAGAGCCCUGCCUGCCGUACCCCCCCUCCCCCUUCUCAGCGCAGCCACCCCCGCACACCCGGUCCGGAGAUGGCCGACCAGCCUAUCACCGGCAGAUGUCCGAACCUCUGGUGCCCGUGCCCCCCAGGGUGUUUAAACGGGAGCAGCUGGAGCCCUGCCCUGCCCAGCGGAACAGCCCUAACAUGGCCCCUCCACACCCUGCCUUCCACCCCCCGCCCAUCAAACAGGAGCCCCGAGAGUUCAGCUUUGACUCGGAAGUGCCCAGCUGUCGAUCUUCAUUCGGGAGCGCCGCCCACUUCUACUCGAGCGGCCACAACCGUUUUGGCUUUGACGGAGAGUCUCCCUCGUACUAUGACGAUGCCUGUGUGGUUCCUGAGAAACCAGAAGUGAAGGUGAAACAGGAGCCAGGCGUGUGCCGUGACGGCGCCCCCUUCCAGCGCCGCGCCUCUCUGCAGCUCUGGCAGUUCCUGGUCACUCUGCUGGACAACCCUACCAACGGCCAUUUUAUCACCUGGACCGGCCGUGGCAUGGAGUUCAAACUGAUUGAUCCAGAGGAGGUGGCCCGUCGCUGGGGGCUGCAGAAGAAUCGGCCAGCCAUGAACUACGACAAGCUGAGCCGCUCCCUGCGAUACUACUAUGAGAAGGGCAUCAUGCAGAAGGUGGCUGGAGAGAGGUACGUCUAUAAGUUUGUCUGCGAGCCGGAGGCGGUCAUCUCAAUGACGCUCACUGACAGCCAGAAGCCCAGCAUGAAGCCUGACCCUGACGCUCUGCCCAGUGAGGACAGCACCCUGCCCCUCGCCCACUAUGACCACAGCGCCUCCUUUCUGCCUGACGCAGGGGAGCACUGCCUGACGGGGCUGAUGUUCCCUGAUGGCUAUGUGUACUGACACCCCCGAGAUCCCCAAACCCCACUGCCAGACAGGGAGACCUGACCUCUCCUCAACUCGUUUUUACACCUGGGACCAAGGAGGUACUGACAGCCUGGACUCCCAAUCGCUCUACUUCCUGCUGGAAAAGGGGAGUGGUCUCUGUUGCUAUCGGGAACAGGGGUGAGGCCGGUUCAGUGGGAGGUUCUUAUAGCACUGGAAGCCCGACACAGUUUGUUGUGUGGACAGCAUGAACUGUAGCCAACAAUCUGUACCGACAAUCUCUUUUUCUUAAAAAAAAUGAGCUUAUAAAAUAUGAGAAUCUUAGCUAAAUUCUGCGCUAUUCUAUAGUUGCCUUUUUGGUCAGCAGUUAUUUUUGAUUCUUCUUUACAGAAAAGAAUAUAUAAGAAUAUAAUAAGACAAAUAAUAUGAAACUGAAGUAAAAAAAGAAAAAAAAAAAAGAAAAAAAGGGCUUUAUUUUGCAAAACAAAUUAUAUGUAUAUUCCUUUGAGGAACUGAUCAACAAAAGUGUAUUUACUGUAAAUAUGGCUAAUAUCUAAUGAACGCUUGGUGUGGGUUAUACCACUCCACCAGAACUUCCUUCUCUUUAUGGGCUGUUCUGUCCAUGGGCCUUUUGAUUGCAUCUGUAAUUAUCUUGGAUUGGCUCACUCCAGUUAUUAUUGUGUGCCCCGUUUUUAUGGGCCCUGAGAAUCGCUCAUUAAGCUAUGCUUUUUCCGUGUAGACGUAUCGUACGGAGUUACCGCAUGAACCCCCCCUCCUCCACACAAAACAAAGCAUGAGGUUCCACUCUAUAAGCUGCAAACAUUUGGAAAUUCAGCUACACUAGGGCACGAAUCUGCACCUCCUAAGCGGUCAGCUUUGAUAAAGUCAUGCUUGUUAAUGCUCAAUAGGAGAUUUUAUUGCACUAUUCUCCACACAGAUCCAGUGCGGAUAUCCUGAACGCUUCACUUUUCUGAGAGUUAGGGAGUGCUACUCUGCAACAAUUCAUUUCUGCUGUUUCCUUUCAGAUCUCAAGUAACCGAACCCAAGGAGGGAUGCUUAUGUAAAAGCAUAAUUUAUAAAAGCACUUUGUGUUUCGUAGGGAAAUUUUAUUUUGUAUAAUUGGAGUAGUGUUGUACUAAACCCCUGUGGGGCGGGGCAGUGCAUGCUGGUUGGCUCCACCCCCCACCGUUCCCCUCUGCAUGGUGCAUUCACACCAGCAGCUGCUCGCUCACUGUCCUACACAAAACAUGUCCUUCAUUUUCAGGACUAAGUGAAACAGAUUUCCCCUCAAUGCCUGCACUGCGUUUAUUGUAUAUUCUGGAUAAUUCUGCCUCUUAUAGAUGCAUCUGUCCCCGUGCCAUUUCUGGGAGGUGCCAUAAAUGACAGCUUUUUCUGAGUGAAGGGUGGGGCUUUGCUUGAGGUAUGCCUUGUAUGUUUGCUCGGCGUCACCUGCGGUUGUAUGAACUCCAGGUUCAAGCCUUGCCCUGGGUAAGGAGCAGUGAACUCUGCUAGGUUUCCUGUACUAAGUGCAAUAAACUCUCCCCUCUGAUUAA